AGAGAGAGAGAGAGAGAGAGAGAGAGAGAGAGAGAGAGAGAGAGAGGGUAGCAUAGCGUGAGAGUUGUUGUUUGGUGAAUACCAGUUAGAAUGGCGAACGGUGGUGGAAAGGUGUCCUUCAAAGUCACUCUCACUUCCGAUCCAAAGCUACCCUUCAAAGUGUUCAGCGUUCCAGAGGCUGCACCUUUUACCGCCGUUCUCAAAUUUGCUGCUGAAGAAUUCAAGGUUCCUCCACAGACCAGCGCUAUUAUCACCAAUGAUGGUGUUGGGAUAAAUCCUCAGCAGAGUGCAGGAAAUGUCUUCCUUAAGCAUGGUUCAGAUCUGCGUCUGAUUCCGCGUGAUAGAGUUGGUGCAUCUGAGAUGUUACAGGAUGUCUGAGUUGAACACUUUCUUUAUCUAUCUUGGCUGUUGUAGCUCAAUAAACACCAGUGCUUUAUUUAUAUUAUGUAAUUGAUAUUAAUAGUGUCCUCUUUACAGAAAAAGUUUAUUAACAGUGACCGUUUUACAGAAAAAGUUUAUUUAGUCCAAUAAAUCAAUAGCCUCAUCCUCCCAUAGUGACUAUGUUUGUAAUGGAGGAUUGUGCAAAUUCAACAAGUGGUUUGUAAUGGAAAUAGGGGGGAUAUAUCUUCUUGCUAUUGGCAAAGAUUGUCGCCUGCAACAUUGUACUUUUCAAUUUUUUUUGGAGAUUUGCUACUUUUAGGAA